AUGCGUCUUGUAGCGGAAGCGGUGUGUAAAGAAUGUGCAUGUUUGCCCUUGGCAAUACUUGUAGUUGGAGGAGCAUUAAAGGAUAAGAGGAAGCAUAUAUGGGAAGAUGCACUUGAACAAUUGAGAAAGUCCAUGGCAAAGAACAUUGAAGGAAUGCAAGCAAAACUCUAUUCACGCAUAGAGUUAAGCUACAAGUAUCUGGAACUAAUUGAUGCGAAGUCAAUUUUUUUGCUUUGUUGUUUGUUCGGAGAAGUUGCUGAGAUUUCUAUUAAUGACUUGGUGAGCUAUGGAUUUGGAUUGAGGCUUCUCGAAGGCGUGGAUACAAUGAAAACAACUAGGGAUAGAGCUCAUGUAAUCGUCGAUACCCUCAAGAAAUAUUCUCUGCUAUUAGAAGGUAGAAACGAAAGCUUCGUGAAAAUGCAUGAUGUCAUUCGAGAUGUGACUAUAUCAAUUUCAUCAAAAGAAGAAGUCAUGUAUCUAGUGAAAGUAGGUGUGGAAAAGUGGCCCGAGGAGGAUGAAGGUAAAAGAUGUAGAGGAAUCUCAUUAAGGUUCAACAAGGAUUUUGUGCUUCCCGUUGAUUCAGAAUGUCCGGAACUGCGCACGUUAAUGCUGGAAUGCGUCGGUGGUUUAUCAGAAGUUCCGAGUAGCUUUCUUGAAGGGAUGAAGAAGCUUGAAGUUUUACAUUUGCGUGGCAUGUGCAUCUCGACAGUACCAAUAUCGUCACUUCAAAAUCUUUGGAUGUUACGGCUGUACAACUGCAAAUUGGUGACCAUGGCUUUUCUCAAGGAGUUACAAAAACUUGAGAUACUAAGCAUUCUAAAUUUUUUAAACGUGGAUAUAGGAAUGACUCUGGAUAUAGGAAAGGCUCGUUGA